UUACUAAAAACAAUUGUUGGGGGGCGACAGCCCCUGAGUCUGUACCGUCCGCCCCUGACCAUUGCUCACGGUCUCAUCCUUCUGGUGUGCUGCACGCCUUGACGCCUGCCGCCAGGCUUCAGCCUUUCUUCUCCCCCUUCGAAUCCAAGGCCCUGCGGUUUGCGUUCGGCCCUUCUCACCUUCUGGGAGUUCUGGAAUUUCGGACCAGCCCUGAUUAUGGAGUCCAGUAUGGCUGCUGGGAGCAAUAAUUUGGAGCCUCAGGAUGAGAUGGAGUUUGAAUCUCAUGAGGCAGCAUACGAAUUUUACAAAGAAUAUGCCAAAUCAGUUGGAUUUGGCACUGCCAAAUUAAGCAGCCGUCGCUCUAGGGCUUCCAAAGAAUUCAUUGAUGCAAAGUUUUCCUGCAUAAGAUAUGGCAAUAAGCAGCAGUCAGAUGACGCAAAAAACCCUAGACCUUCUCCCAAGAUAGGCUGCAAGGCUAGCAUGCAUGUUAAGAGAAAGCAGAAUGGGAAGUGGUACAUCCAUAGUUUUGUGAGAGAGCAUAAUCAUGACCUUUUGCCAGCGCAAGUGCAUCUUUUUCGGAGCCACCGGAUUUCUGAUCCUAUAAAGAGUGAUCCCAAAAUUCGGAGGAGAAGGGCUCUUUCCACCGUGUCAAACCUGUAUGGCACCUACCAGAUUUCUACCUCUUUUGAUAACGUAUUUAUGAAUCAGCAUGGUAGGGGCCGCAGUUUGGCUUUAGAAGAAGGAGAUGCUCAAAUGCUGCUUGAACGCUUUGUGCACAUGCAAGAAGAGACUCCAGGAUUCUUUUAUGCUGUGGACAUGAAUGAGGAGCAUCGACUUAGAAAUGUGUUUUGGGUUGAUGCCAAAGGCAUGAAGGAUUAUGCUAAUUUUGGAGAUGUGGUCUCGUUUGAUAUUACAUAUUUCACAAAUAAGUAUAGGAUCCCAAUGGUCUAUUUCGUUGGUGUAAACAAUCACAUCCAGCCAAUAUUACUGGGAUGUGCAUUGAUAGCUGACGAGACAGUGCAUACCUUUCUUUGGUUGUUUAAAACAUGGUGCUUGGCAAUGGGUGGGCGAGGCCCACAAGUAUUGCUCACUGACCAAAACCUUGCCAUCAAAGCCGCCGCUUCAGCAGCACUUCCGGACACCCAUCACUACUUUAGCUUGUGGUGUGUUUUGGAGAAGAUCCCUAGGCAUCUUGACUACCUUAGCCUGUGGCAUGAUCUUUUCAUUGCAAAAUUGAGUAAAUGCAUUCAUAGGUCAUGUGAUGAAGAACAGUUUGAAAAAAGAUGGUGGAAAUUGCUUGAUAGAUUUAGUCUUAGAGAUGUUGAAUGGAUUCAGUCAUUGUAUGAAGAUCGCAAACAUUGGGUUCCAACUUUUAUGAAGGGAAUUUCUUUUGCUGGCUUAUCUACUGCUUCCAGAGCUGAAAGUAUGAACUCUUUACUUGACAAGUAUAUCCACAGUGAUACUUCCUUGAGGGAAUUCAUAGGAAAGUGUAAGCUAAUCCUUGAGGACAGAUACGAAGAAGAAGCCAAAUCAAACUUUGAUGCAUGGCAUGAAACUGCUGAGCUAAACACUCCAUCGCCUUUUGAGAAACAGCUGUCUCAAAUCUAUACUCAUGAAAUAUUUAAGAAAUUCCAAGUUGAAGUGUUGGGAGCAGCAGCAUGUCAUCUUAAAAAAGAAAAAGGUGACAUGACAAUGACAUAUGCUGUUAAAGACAUCGAAACUGACCUAGAUUACACUGUGGAGUGGACUGAAUCAAAUCUGGAAAUAUACUGUUCUUGUCAUCUGUUUGAAUACCAAGGUUUCCUUUGUAGGCAUGCUAUUGUGGUCCUCCAAAUGUCAGGGUUUUUCAAAAUUCCAGUGAAAUAUGUUUUACAGCGUUGGACCAAUGUUGCUAAAAGCAGGAUAUGUAUCAGCGAAAAUCUGGAUGAUGUACAAUCCAAGGUCCGCCGUUAUAAUGAUCUAUGUCGGCGAGCCAUAAUAUUGGGUGAAGAAGGGUCGCUUUCUCUGGAGAGUUAUAAUAUUGCAGUUGGUGCCAUCAAAGAAGCUAUGGAACAAUGCGCAAAUGUAAAUGGUUUUACUAAUGUGGAUUUAAGACGUGGCAUGCUUUCGACACAUGUCAUCCAGGGCAUUGAAGAAACAAAUCACAAAAGCACAGUUUUAGCUAAAGAGCAGGUGUCUGACAUUGAAGUUUCACCCACAAGUAGAGGGUCAAAAAGAGUUGAUUCUUGGAAUGAAAAUGAAGGUAAUGGGAGCUAUGCUAAUAAAAAGGGAAAGGGGCCAUUGGAAGUGGAUGCCUCAAAUAUCACUGCACAAGGAGUGUCUAACCAAAUGGAUAUGUGUAGUAACUUGGAAUGUCCUACAUUCUGCCCAAGGUUUCUUACAACUUUACUGACGGGUGGUGAGGCUAACAAAAGAAGUGUGGAACUGCUUGAUGAAAUGUUCGAGGAACAAAGCUAAACGUUCUAUAUACAAUUAUGGAUCGUGACAAGCACAGUUUUACAGUCUUUUUCUGAAGACUACAAUGUACAAUAGCAAAUUGCAGAUCUUGGAUGGCGGCAGCAGACUCUGGAAAAGAACUUGGCAGUGGAGUCUGGCAACAUACGCUUGCUUUGGCGACGUUAAGCUCUAGCUCAUCCCCUCGCUACAGGAGACGCUUUUCAUCGACAUUCAUAAUAGAGGUCUUUGUUACCAAAUUAGACAAAGAGAAACAAAAGGAACAGAGAGGAAGAAGUUCUGUAUCCAAAGAAGAGAAGAAAAACCGAAAGAGAAGAACUAAGGGAGAAUGGGAAGGAAAGGAAAGGGGGAUAAUUGCUGAAAUUGGGGGUGGGCUGUGGUUGUUGAGAUGGACAGCGAACUCACCGGAAAAAACAUGGAGCUAGGGAGCAGAGAGCGAGAGGAAGAAAAAAGUGAUAGGGAGACGGAAAAAAAUAGAAAAAGAGAAGGAAAGAAGAUAAGAAUGUUGCAGGUGGUAGAACCGUACAACCAGCCGAGGAAAAAGAAAUAAAGAGAGAAGAAAACUGGUAGAGGAAAAGAAAAGAAAAAACAAAAAUAAAAAGUAGUGCCACGUAGGUGUCCAGAUCAGCAUUUACCAGAAGUACUUAUUCUCAACCGCCGAAAAAGAAAAUUGAACUUUUGUUUAUAGUGGGAGGAUCUAGUGCUGGACCCAAGCCGGUUCGGGCCUGGGCCCGGCCGGGCCUCGGGCCAGAAAACUAGGGCCCGCCGAACAAGAAAAUUGAACUUUUGUUUAUAUUGGGUGAUUUGAUAGUACGAAGACUCACUAUUUAUUUUAGUUAUAGUAGGAGGGUUUAUUUGAUAGUUUCUAUUUUUAUUUCAAUUGGGAACAUUUGUCAAAAUCUAUGAAAAAGGUGUCUUAGGGCAUUUGCAAUGCUAGGGCAUUUGCAAUGCUAAUCAUUUGCAUUUUAAACUGCAAAAUUUGAUAUGAAAUACUGUGGCC